CUGAUUCCCCAACCAUCGCUAUCAUGGCCCCUCUCUGCUUGCUCCCUCGCGGCGCAUGUGCCUGGCGCUUGCUGCUGGCCUUGUUCUCUUCUCUGCUCUCGCUGCCGCCCACGAUGCCCUAUCGGUGGGAGACCUGUCGGUGGGUCAGAUCGAGGAGGAAUUGCAGAACUGUCCCCUCGUCGAAUCUCUCAACGAGCACAAGCGCCUCACCAGCCCCCAAACCACCAGCCUGACCUCGAAGAUCUUCUCCGUGCUCUUUCCCGGCAGCCCUGCCGUGAACGCCAUCCUGGCGACCAUCUACAUCUCCGGUCCCCCCAACUUCCUCCUGGCUCUCUGCCCCCCGAACAUUGACCCCUCCUCGCUGUCCGUCAUGGUCGCUUUCGCGGUAGGCGGCCUCCUGGGCGACACGCUCUUCCACCUCCUCCCGGAGAUCUUCCUCGGCGAAGGCUCCCCCGACAGCGUGCGGUUCGUGAUGGUCGAGCCGAACCGCAACCUGCUGCUCGGCCUCGGAAUCAUGGUCGGCUUCUUCACCUUCGUCGCAAUGGACAAGACCCUCCGCAUCGCCACCGGCGGCGCGGGCCACGACCAUUCCCAUGCUCAUGCCCACUCCCACGAUGACCACCCCACAGCCACCACCAGCGGUACCAGCACCUCCCCCGAACCCAGCACCCCCCUCAAGCAGCGCAAACCCACUGCGAUCACUACCGCCACCGCCACCCCCGCCCCGGAAACAGAAAAAGAAAUCAACCCCAGCGUCAAGCUAGGCGGAUACCUCAACCUCAUCGCCGACUUCACGCACAACAUCACCGACGGCCUGGCGAUGUCCUCCUCCUUCUACGCCUCGCCCACCAUCGGCGCAACCACCACCGUAGCCGUCUUCUUCCACGAAAUCCCCCACGAGGUCGGCGACUUCGCCCUGCUCAUCCAGUCCGGCUUCUCCAAGCGCAAAGCCAUGGGCGCGCAGUUCGUCACCGCCAUCGGCGCCUUCCUCGGCACGUUCAUCGGCAUUGCGGUCCAGGAACUCGGCGGCGGGCACGGCAGUACCGCUGCAGGCGUGGAGUCCGCGUCGGCCGGUCUGCUCGGUACGAGUCUGACCUGGGGCGACAUGCUGCUCCCGUUCACGGCGGGGACGUUCCUGUAUGUUGGCACGGUGUCGGUGAUUCCCGAGUUGCUGGAGACCGGGCCCGAUAAGCGCGUCGAGGUCAAGAAGACGAUUGUUCAGUUCUUGGCUGUUAUGGUGGGCGCGGGGAUUAUGCUUGUUAUCUCCUGGGACUAGGUGAGUCUGCCUCGAUACGAUACGAUACGAUACGAUCCAGUGUAUAGGAUGUGUAAUGAGGGUGCCGAAAAGUGGCUCCUACCUACAUCUACAUAUAGAUAAGGUUGUAGAUGGUAGAUAGAUAGAUAGAUAGACAGAUGACGAGUAAAUAAGUCGUAUCAUAAUAUGCACGCGCUGUUAU